GACUGCGUCGCAUUGUAGCAUCAGUAACUCAAUGAUAUAACCGUUUCUAAACGUUUUUGUAACUUAUUUUCACAACGAUAGAGGUAUUCAUUUAUUUCUCUAACGGACAACAGUGUCUCACUACAGAGUUGGUGUUCAGUCUCUUUGUUUAAUGCGCUCUGUCCUGGUCGGGAAAUGAAAAUGUAACGUUGAGUAGGUUAAUGCUAGCUGUUAGCUUUUAGCCUCUCAGGCCCGGCUGAAUGUGAACACAAAGGCCGCGCGCACCGCCUCGCCGUUUCAGAGUCACGAUAAGGAUCAGGUUACUGAUUCUGCUUUUUAACAAUGUUUCCCUCCUGGGGAGGCUAUGGGGCACCCCCGUCACAAAACUUUGGAGGGCCUGGGCCCCGGAAGCAACCUGGCGGCGGCCACGCAGGACCGACAACGGGUUUCGGCGGCUUCGAUGCCCCCUCCUCCGGCGGCUCCAUGUUCUCCAGCCUCCAAGAGCAACACCUCCAGCAGAUGCAGCAGCUGCAGAUGCUGCACCAGAAACAGCUCCAGUCUGUGUUACAGCACGGCAGCAAUGAUAAUGCGUACGGUGGUGGACACCCGGGCGGAUAUUCAGGACCAUCUUGGCAUCCAGAUGGCGGUGCUGGACCUCCGCCGUACUAUAUGCAGGACGAGACACCUGCUCAGCUGAACAGAGGUCCCCCUGCACCUCCGGCGGGACACCCACAGCCUCCUCCCCUCCCACCGCAACCGCAGCCCAGCGAUCCUCAGCCGCUUCCUCCCCCUCCAGAACCCCCGACAUCCAAACCACCGGAGAACAACAGUGCUCCCAAAGCCAAAGAGGUCAUCAAGAAAGAUCCACCCACAGUAGAGGAAGACAACUCCUUACCUUUGCAGGAGCAACAGCAACUUUGGUACAAACAACAUCUUCAAAAUCUACAGAAGUUAAAACAAGAGAAGGCCAAACAGAAUCAGAAAGACAAUGAUGGUCCUGUGCCACCACCCCUUCAAAGCCAAGCUGUGCCUCCUCUCCCUCCAUCAGAACCGCCAAAAGGUGCACCUCCUCCACCCCCUCCGAAAGAGGAGCCCCCAGCACCACCUCCACCUCCUGAGGAUACAAAGAGUGACAAUGUAGGAAAUUCACCUACGUAUACGGACACCCCCGAGGUCCCACAAGACCCAGAGGAGGCUGCCCGCCUGCAGCAGUUGCAGGCUGCAGCAGCACAGUGGCAGAAGGUACAGCAGCAGAGAGCAGGCUUACAGUACCAGGCUCUUAUGCAACAACACGAAAAGCUUCAGCAGAUCCUGGAAAAGUACCAACAGCUGAUUCAGCAACCUACAAACUUACAGUCAAUGUCUCCUGAAAUGCAGCUGAGGCACUAUGAAAUGCAACAGCAGCAGUUCACCCCUUUAUUCGGGGACUGGGAUCGCUCCUUCGCCCUGUGGUACGAGCAGUUCCAGACCUAUCCCCACAAAGACCAACUGCAGGACUAUGAGCGCCAGUGGAAGCAGUGGCAGGAGCAGAUGAACGCGACCAAUGCCCACCUUCAAGAGAGGGUGGCCACCCUCACUGCCAUGGUGCCAUUCUCCUCAAGCCAGUAUAGUAGCGGGAUGAUGGGACAGUUUGGCCAGUACCCUGGACAAGACAUGCAUAUGCAGCAGCAGUCAGCAAGCCUGGGUGUACAGCAUUCCCCAGUUGGUGUUGGUCCCAACGCUCAAGGUCCACGGUCUGCUGGCUUUGGGCCACAUUCAGAACCACCUGCUGGUCCUCCUGUGAGAGGAGUGGGCCCUGCAGCCAUGGGAGUCAGACCUCCAGUGCCCCCCACCAUUCAGCCACCAAGCGUCAACAGCAUCAGAGGUCCACGUCCUGCUGGUCCCACCGGAAACAAUGCUGGUUUUGAUGGUCCUCCAAGAUUUGACCAGCCACAGCAGCGCUUUGAUGCUCCCCCAAGGUUUGACCAGCCACAGCAGCGCUUUGAUGCUCCCCCAAGGUUUGACCAACCACAGAGCCGCUUUGAAGGUCCCCCAAGGUUUGAUCAACCACAGCAGCGCUUUGAUGGGCCCCCAAGGUUUGAUCAACAACAGCAGCGCUUUGAUGGGCCCCCGAAGUUCAACCAACCACAGCAGCGCUUUGAUGGCCCCCCUCGAUUUGACCAACCAAGGCACCGCUUUGAUGGUCCCCCCAGGUUUGACCAACCACGGCAGCGCUUUGAUGGUCCCCCCAGAUUUGACCAACCUCGAUUUGGGGGGCAGCCCAGGUUUGAACAGCCCCAAAGGCUCCCUGUCCCCCAGCCCCUAACUGAACGCCCACCUGUGCCCCAGCAAAAACAACAGCAAGGUCCCCAGCCUAAGGCACAACUUGCCCCUAAACCACCAGCCAGUAUGGAUUCUAAGACUCCUGGAAAGGCAGCGGGGCCGCCACAGUCUGAAAAAGAAAAAGUCAAAUCAGAAUCAGGUGGUAAGGCCAGUGCUGAUGACUUGACAGAUGACAACUUGCUUGGAGCUGAAGGCUUUUUUGUCCAAGAUGACCCUAUUCCUCAGACAUUACAAACAAAACCUGAGGAAUCAGAUGACAAAAAUGCUUCUAUCAAUACUGAAAAACCAAAACCUGGUACAGACAAGCCUCCUGUAACUGCUCCUUCUACUGUAGUAUCAAAAAAUACUGCUCCACAAAAUUCCCACAAACCAGAGGGACCAUUAACAAACAACAAACCCCAAUUGCUUCCAAAGCCCCCUGGAAUCCAACAGGACCCACAAGAUUCUGUCCAUAUGCAGUCAAGGCCAGAUCCUACAAGGCCUCCUCCUGGAAGGGGACGAGGCCAGCCCCCAGUGCCUGUCCAAAUGCCUGGACGAGGACGUGGGCAAAGGGGCUGUGAAGAGUUUAGGGGGCCGAAUACUAUGCCGAAUACUAUGCCACAUGAGGAGGAUAUGGAAGAAAUGUCUUAUGACUACAUGCCACCCGAGGAGAACUUGGAGAUGCAGGAAGAGGAGGAGGACUAUCACUGGCACGAUCCUUCAUACGUGGAGUGCGGUGAUGAGGAAUCGGAGGUGCCCCCUGAAGAAAUGUGGACAUCAGAUGGACAUCACUACUCGACAGAGGAAGAGUAUUAUGAAGAACCAAUCGGAGGACCUCCUAUGGGGAGAGUAGGGCCCCCAAUGAUGAGAGGAGGGCCCCAUAUGGGAAGGGGAGGCCCACCUAUGGGCAGAGGUGGUCCUCCUAUGGGUAGAGGCGGACCCCCUAUGGGUAGAGGCGGACCCCCUAUGGGUAGAGGCGGACCCCCUAUGGGUAGAGGUGGGCCACCUAUGGGUAGAGGAGGGCCACCAAUGGGUAGAGGGGGUCCACCAAUGGGUAGAGGGGGACCUCCAAUGGGUAGAGGGGGACCUCCAAUGGGAAGAGGGGGGCCCCCCAUGGGUAGGGGAGGACCCCCAAUGGGAAGAGGAGGACCACCCAUGGGUAGAGGAGGACCACCUAUGGGUAGAGGAGGACCACCUAUGGGAAGAGGAGGACCACCUAUGGGAAGAGGAGAGCCAGUGGAGAUACACUGGGAAGAACCUGAGUCAGCAGAAUACUCAGAGGAAGGGGAUCCUUACUGGGGAGAAGGGAGACCUCCAAUGAGAGGCAUGAGACCCCCAUUUCCACCCGGCAGGGGUCGUCCUCCACCUGGACAUCCUGGUUUCAUGCACCCAGGAAGAGGACGCCCUCCUCACCCAGCACAUGGGCCAAUGGAUCACGAGUCAUUAGGUCAUGGAAUGGAAAUGGAUGAUACUGAAAUGGAUCCAGAAGGGUACCAUGGACAUGACCCUCAUAGCCAUCCGAUGCAUCCUGAUGCAGGAAGAGGCAGGCGUCGUGUACCACCGCCUCACGAAAUGAUGGAUCCUAUGGAGGAGCCAUUGUACGAUGAAGGCAUGGAGAGAGAAUUAGAGUGGCAGCCGCCACAUGGCAGAGGCCGUCCUCUGGCUCCACAUGAGAUGAUGGAUUCCGGAGGAAUGAGGAGGAGACCUAUGGGUCGAGGGAUGGCAAGAGGCAUGUGGCGGCCAGGUCCAACACAUGAGGAAUAUGAAGAAAGACAUAGUGAGGGUUUUGUAGCGGACUAUGGUCAUGGAGAAGAGGGGUAUCGCUGGCGGCCACCAAGAGACUAUCCUCCUGAUGACUAUCGGCAUGAGGGCAAGUACUAUGAGUCUGAAUGGGACAGUGAGCGUCCUCCUCCUGAGAGGGACUAUCCCCCUCGCAUGCCGCCACCUGAGCCCUACAGAGAUGGCCAUUGGCCAGAGGAAAGAGAACGAGGUCGCCCAUAUCCUUAUGAUGAACAUGACAGGGAAAGAGGGGAACUUAGAAUUUGUGAGUAUAGGGAUGAGCCACCGUACCGACAAGAAGAACCACCAUACCCACCACCAGCACCGCCUUCAGAAUGGGAUAGGCCUUCAAGAAUUCCUCUACCACCAGAGAGAGGGUAUUCUGCUGACUAUGAGGAUCGCAGAGCUCACUAUGAUGAGCGUAAAGAAGAGCCUCCUUUGGAUAUACGGACACCUUUACCUCCCGCUGUACCUGUCACAAAUCCUCCAGAGAGCUCCGUUGAUCCAACAUCUCAAGGACCAAGUGGAAAUGUACUUGCUCUGUCCCAGCGUCAGCAUGAGAUCAUCUUGAAGGCUGCUCAAGAGUUGAAACUUAUAAGGGAAUUGCAGGAGGGGAAGACACCUGGUGCUGAACCUCAGUCUGCACCACCUGACAUCCUGUCUGAGCUUCCUGCUGGUCUUCUUGGUUUGGAGAUCCCACCAGAUGUCAGGAAUGUUUUGAAGGGAAUCGGUACUACUGCUCAGACAGCUGUAACUGAACCUGUGUCCUGGGAUCCUAAACCUGCUGCAACAGAUUAUCAGCCAUCUCUCUCUGUAUCCACAACUCCACUGAUUCCAAAGACUGUGGAUUAUGGGCAUGGGCACGAGCCCGGAGCCACUGUUGAGCGAAUCUCUUAUGGUGAGAGAAUUAUAUUGAGGCCUGACCCUGUGACAUCAGACAGGGGCUAUGAGAAAGAACCUCUCAGAGAUCCUUAUGGCAGAGACCCUUAUUACGAAAGACGAUCGGACCCCUAUUUGGACCGCCGGGAUUACAGCAGAGAGAGGGAAUUAUACAGAGAGAAGCCACCUGAAUAUGAAAGAGAAAGAGAAAGAUAUGAGAGGGAACGCUAUCCCCCACGAGACAGAGAUGACAGCACACAGUCCAUGGUUGAAGAAAGAUCUCCGCUGGUACCUUCUUCACGCUCAGGAUACAGGGACCGAGAGCGGGAACUUCGGGAGAGGGACCGAAGUGGGAGUCGUGAUCGUGACGAACAUUAUGGAAGGCCUGGCUAUGACAGACCUCCAUACGAGCGCAGCGGACUCGACCGCGGUGUGCCUGAGCGUUACGGCCAUAGCUCCUCACCUUACAUAGACAGGAGAAGUUACCAAGACGACAGAGGGCCUCCCCCUGCACCUGCCCUUCCGCCUCCACCUCAGCCGCCUCCACGAGUCGAGAAGAAACCAGAAAUCAAGAAUAUUGACGAUAUCCUCAAACCACCUGGCAGAUCAUCUCGACCUGAAAGGAUUGUCAUCAUCAUGAGAGGCCUUCCAGGAAGUGGAAAAAGCCAUGUUGCAAAGCUCAUACGGGAUAAGGAAGUUGAUUGUGGCGGCGCACCUCCAAGAGUUCUUGUUUUGGACGACUAUUUCAUGACGGAGGUUGAGAAAACUGAGAAAGACCCAGACACGGGAAAAAGGGUCAAAACCAAGGUUCUUGAGUACGAGUACGAGCCGGAGAUGGAGGACACGUACCGGAGCAGCAUGCUGAAAACGUUCAAGAAAACUCUGGAUGACGGCUUUUUCCCCUUUAUCAUUUUGGACACUAUUAAUGACAGGGUUAAACAUUUUGAUCAGUUCUGGAGCGCAGCUAAAACAAAAGGUUUUGAGGUGUACCUCGCUGAAAUCACCGCAGACACACAGACUUGUGCGAAGAGAAACGUCCAUGGGCGCACACAAAAGGAUAUAACGAGGAUGGCCAACAACUGGGAGCCUUCGCCACGUCAUAUGGUGCGCUUGGACGUCCGGUCGCUGCUUCAGGAUGCUGCUAUAGAGGAGGUUGAAAUGGAGGACUUUAAUCCCGAUGAUGAGCCCCAGGAGCAGAAGAGAGAGGAGGAAGAAGAGAGUGAUAUGGGCUACAUUCCAAAAAGCAAAUGGGAGAUGGACACGUCUGAGGCAAAACUUGACAAGUUGGACGGUCUGGGGAGCGGUGGGAAGAGGAAGCGUGAAGACAUGGCAGACCUGGAGGACUACCUUCAGCUACCAGACGACUAUGCCACACGUUUGUCCCAACCAGGAAAGAAAAGGGUUCGAUGGGCUGAUCUUGAAGAGCAGAAGGAAGCGGAUCGAAAGCGUGCUAUCGGCUUUGUGGUGGGUCAAACAGACUGGGAGAGAAUAACGGAUGAGAGCGGACAGCUGGCACAAAGAGCUCUCAACCGUACCAAGUAUUUCUAAGAAGAUAAUCGUAUCUCCCCCUUUUCCCCUUCAUGGAAAGGUUUCCACAAUGUGAAAACACUGAAGCUUACCUGUGGUGAAACAAGAGUCUCAUCGAGGUCACGAUAUCACCGAUAGUAUCAAUUUUUUUAGUUGUUUCAUUGAUGAGGAUACAGUAUAGGUUUUUUUCUUAUUAUUUUUAACCGGGCCCUAUGGUUACUCACCGAUCAAUUUGUAGUUUAUAACUCUGUGCUUCUUCUGGUCAUGCAUUCUGUAUUAAGUCAUGUUUCUUGCUGUUUUUUACUCUUCAUGCUUCCUGUACUGUUUACCUGUAGCACUGUUUCACGGCCCAGGCAUACUUGAAAACAAUAAAAGUUUCACAAAUUUA